CAAUAGCGUUAGGGAAGGCGCAGAACCUAGUUCUGGAAGUACUUGUUUUAGCGGAAAAGGAAAUGGUAGGACGUAGCCGGAAGAAAUCAGAAUCGAGUGGAAAGGAGCUGGGGAGUUAAGCUACCGAGUAAAGAAUCGCGGUGGAUACAUUUGUACUUUAUAUCUGACUACCGCGUAAAACUCACACUGAGGAGCAGGGUUGCUCCCGCUUUGCUUUAAUCCCGACAGCACAGGAUUGUAUGUGCAGCUCUGCUGGUUAGUGUGACGCUCAGCUAUUAAAGGAAGGAAAUAGAUAACAAUGUCAGACAGCGAAGACAGCAACUUCUCUGAAGAGGAGAGUGACAGGAGCAGUGAGGCCGAAGAGGUGGAGGAAAAUGAGGAGGUGGAGGAGGAAAGAGCCAGUGCUGCUGGGAGUGAGAAAGGGGAAGAAGAGGAGGAUGAGGAGGAAUAUGAUGAGGAGGAAGAAGAGGAAGAUGAUGACAGACCUAGAAAGAAACCACGUCAUGGAGGGUUUAUCCUUGAUGAGGCCGAUGUUGAUGAUGAAUAUGAAGAUGAAGAUCAGUGGGAAGAUGGGGCAGAAGACAUUCUGGAAAAAGCUGAAGAACUUGAAGCCUCUAACAUUGACAAUGUGGUACUGGAUGAGGAUCGCUCAGGGGCUCGGCGCCUUCAAAACUUGUGGAGAGACCAGCGAGAAGAAGAGCUGGGAGAAUACUAUAUGAAGAAAUAUGCCAAGUCUUCUGUGGGAGAACACAUAUAUGGUGGUUCAGAUGAGCUGUCUGAUGACAUUACCCAGCAACAACUGCUCCCUGGUGUCAAAGACCCUAAUCUGUGGACAGUAAAAUGUAAGAUAGGAGAAGAACGAGCUACAGCUAUUGCUCUGAUGCGCAAAUUUAUCGCCUACCAAUUCACUGAUACACCCCUUCAGAUAAAGUCAGUAGUUGCUCCAGAGCAUGUGAAGGGUUACAUCUAUGUGGAGGCUUACAAACAAACCCACGUAAAGCAGGCCAUUGAAGGCAUUGGCAACCUGCGUAUGGGCUUCUGGAAUCAGCAAAUGGUACCCAUUAAGGAAAUGACAGAUGUCCUGAAAGUUGUGAAGGAGGUGACCAAUCUCAAGCCCAAAUCUUGGGUGAGGCUCAAGAGAGGCAUCUACAAGGAUGACAUAGCCCAGGUUGAUUAUGUAGAGCCAAGCCAGAACACCAUCUCCUUGAAAAUGAUUCCUCGAAUUGACUAUGAUCGUAUCAAAGCACGUAUGAGUCUGAAAGAUUGGUUUGCCAAGAGAAAGAAGUUUCGGAGACCACCCCAAAAACAUUUUAAUGCUGAAAAAAUCAGGUCUCUGGGUGGAGAUGUCUCAUCUGAUGGAGAUUUUCUUAUUUUUGAGGGUAAUCGAUACAGCCGCAAAGGUUUCCUAUUUAAAAGCUUUGCCAUGUCUGCCGUUAUCACAGAAGGUGUUAAACCUACCCUCUCAGAAUUAGAAAAGUUUGAGGAUCAGCCAGAGGGAGUUGAUUUGGAAGUGGUGACUGAAGCAACAGGCAAAGAGAGAGAACACAGCUUGCAGCCAGGGGACAACGUGGAGGUGUGCGAAGGGGAGUUGAUAAACUUACAAGGAAAAAUUCUUAGUGUGGAUGGAAACAAAAUCACAAUUAUGCCUAAACAUGAAGACCUUAAGGACAUGCUGGAAUUUCCAGCCCAAGAACUUCGCAAGUAUUUUCGAAUGGGAGACCAUGUGAAAGUGAUUGCUGGGCGUUAUGAAGGGGACACAGGACUGAUUGUACGUGUGGAAGAGAACUUUGUCAUUCUGUUCUCUGAUCUCACUAUGCAUGAAUUAAAGGUUCUACCUCGAGACUUACAGUUAUGUUCGGAAACUGCCUCAGGUGUAGAUGUUGGUGGGCAGCAUGAAUGGGGUGAGCUGGUACAACUAGAUCCACAGACCAUGGGAGUAAUUGUGCGUCUGGAAAGGGAGACCUUUCAGGUCCUGAACAUGCAUGGUAAAGUGGUCACUGUCAGACACCAGGCUGUCAACAGGAAGAAGGACAAUCGUUUUGCUGUGGCCCUUGACUCAGAAGAUAAUAAUAUUCAUGUGAAGGAUAUUGUUAAAGUCAUAGAUGGUCCACAUUCGGGUCGUGAGGGAGAAAUACGUCAUCUGUUCCGGAAUUAUGCCUUCCUGCACUGUAAGAAACUGGUUGAGAAUGGAGGCAUGUUUGUGUGCAAAACACGUUACCUAGUUCUAGCAGGAGGAUCCAAGCCACGAGAUGUCACAAACUUCACAAUAGGAGGAUUUGCUCCCAUGAGCCCUCGGAUCAGCAGUCCAAUGCAUCCUAGUGGUUCAGGGCCACGAGGAGGAAUGGCAGGUGGAGGUGGAGGUGGAGGCGCUGGUAGGGGACGUGGCCGUAGAGACAAUGAUUUGAUUGGCCAGACUGUAAGAAUCUCACAAGGUCCCUAUAAAGGAUACAUUGGGGUUGUAAAGGAUGCUACAGAGUCCACAGCUAGAGUAGAACUUCAUUCCACAUGCCAAACAAUAUCUGUUGACCGACAGCGCCUCACCACUGUUGGUGCUCGUCGUUCGGGAGGAACAACCUCUACACAUGUUCGCACCCCUAUAUACGGCUCUCAGACUCCUAUGUAUGGUACAGGUUCCAGGACACCUAUGUAUGGAUCACAAACUCCGCUGCACGAUGGAAGCCGCACACCUCAUUAUGGAUCUCAGACCCCUCUGCACGAUGGGAGCAGAACACCAGCUCAGAGUGGUGCUUGGGACCCCAACAACCCCAACACACCAUCCAGGGCGGAUGAAGAAUAUGAUUAUAGAUAUGAUGAUGAGCCUUCCCCAUCACCACAGGGGUAUGGUGGAACACCCAACCCUCAGACUCCAGGGUAUCCAGAUGUUCCCUCCCCGCAGGUCAACGCGCCGUAUCACCCUCAGACGCCUGGUACUCCUGCAAUGUAUAAUACAGACCAGUUUUCACCAUAUGCUGCACCGUCACCUCAAGGAUCUUACCAGCCCAGCCCUAGUCCACAGAGUUACCACCAAGUGGCCCCAAGUCCUGUGGGGUACCAAAACACCCACUCACCAGCCAGCUACCAUCCAACCCCAUCACCAAUGGCAUACCAGGCAAGUCCUAGUCCAAGCCCCAUGGGUUAUAGUCCAAUGACACCUGGUGCUCCCUCUCCAGGGGGAUACAACCCUCAUACCCCUGGCUCAUCCAUAGAGCAGAUUUCCAGUGACUGGGUGACUACAGACAUUCAAGUUAAAGUCAGAGACACUUUCCAGGAUAGCCAGGUGAUAGGCCAGACUGGGAUUAUCCGCAGUGUAACGGGUGGUCUCUGCUCUGUGCUCCUGCAAGACAGCGAAAAGGUAAUCAGUAUCUCUGGUGAUCACUUGGAGCCAGUCACCCCCACCAAGAACAGCAGGGUUAAAGUUAUACUAGGAGAGGACCGUGAAGCUACAGGAGUCCUACUCAGUAUAGAUAAUGAGGAUGGCAUUGUUCGAAUGGACCUUGACGACCAGCUGAAAAUCCUUAAUCUUCACUUUCUGGGGAAGCUGGAAUCCUAGGUGUGAAAGGGGUGCCAUGAAACAGCAAAGUUACCACAUCAUUAACUGGCUUUCGUUAUCUGGCUUUGUAUAUAACCAGUUCAUCUGUACAUGGAAUGUUUUAUAUGAGUUCAUGGGUUUUUAUGUGGUAACCUAACAUCUGUGGUGUUGUACCCAGCCACACAGAACAUCUCUUGCAGCAAAUUUUUACAUCACCUCUGAAUGUGUAACUAUAACAUGCCAGCUCUUCAAAUCCCUCUGUAUUGCUACUCAGACUGCAUUUACUUCUCUGGCAAUAAAAGUGUUAUAGUCCAGUCAUGCUGCAGUUAGUUGUUAGAUCUUCUUACUUUCUAGCUACUGUCCAUAACUCAUUCCUUGGGGCAGUCAUUGUUAAUUCAGCUCCAUCUGUAGAUGUUUGUGGUGAGUGCUCUAAUUCCAUCCCUCAAAAUAUCAAGUGAAUCCCUGGGCAUCAGAUCUAGAUCUACAGAUUUAUAUAAGCUUGCCUCUUGAGCUAUAGAUACCAUUCAGUAAGUCUGCACUUACUCCUAAAAGCCCAAGCUCUACUUGUCACAGUAUGUUUGUGCAUCAGGCUGAGGUUUAAAGAGCCACUGUACCUUCAUAAUUUAUUGUUCUUUUGUAUAUCUAAUUGAUAUAGUAAGAGCUAAAGUGUUUAAAAAUCUUUAUAGCUUCUCUAAUGUGUUUCUCACCUUAAAAGGUAGUUCACCUUUAAAUUUACUUUUUGUCAUGCUGUAAUCAGUGAUAUGUUGAAACAAUUUUCUGUCUCUCUCCUGUUUGAGAUAUUAGCAACUGUCAGGGUCCAAUUUACCGUAGCAAUCAAUCAGUGCUUUCAGCAAGAGCCCAAUGUGAACAGGAGAGGGUUGAACUAGAAAGAUAAUGAAGUAAAACUUAAGAUAAAAGUGUAGCCUUACAGAUAAAUAGUUCUUUGGUUGCUGGGGUCAGUGACCCCCAUUUGAAAACUAGCAAAGAGGCAGAAGAGGAAGGAAAAAAAAAUUUAGAGCGAUUGAAAUUGCAAUGGCAGGACAUUGCUAAAGGUAACGUAAAGGUGAACUAGCCAUUAAGGUUUUAGUGUUGAACAGAGCCCAUCUAUGUUAUACUCUUGUAAGAAGCCAGCGUAUGAUAUCUUUAGGUACAUGGUCAGUUCAGAGUAGCUGAAGAUAGAAAGCUGCUCCUGCUAAUGCCAAGCCAAAAUAAUUCCCAAUUUGAUUAGAGCCUGUACAUGAAAAUACUUGUAAUGUAUGUCAUUAGUAUUUCCCUGUACCAAGCAAAAUUGUUCAGGAAAGGGUAAAGUGGCCCUUUUGCUAUUAAAUCUUUCUAUGUAGUCAUUUAGCAGAUGUGAGCUUGUUGGUUACAUCCCAUUUAUAGAUGUGUUCUUUUAAUUUUUUGGCACUCAUUUUAGUCUGGACUUCCACUGUGUAAUAUUUAUAUGGUGCAGUCAAUAAACCAGAGAAAGUGCACUGUG